AAGCAUUCAGUCGCGUUUAUGCGAAGCGCAACCAUGGAUCUCUUCACAGUCCUGGUGAUUUGUCUUUCUUGUUUGAUUCUCCUUUUUCUGUGGAACCGAAGCUAUGCCCGAGAGAAGCUGCCGCCUGGCCCCACGCCUCUCCCAGUCGUUGGAAAUAUGCUGCAGCUGGAUAUGAAAAACUUCAACGAGUCCUUAAGAAAGCUGGCGGAGGUGUACGGCCCGGUGUUCACUGUGUACCUGGGCAUGCAGCCCACGGUGGUGCUGCACGGGUACGAGGCCGUGAAGGAAGCCUUGAUCGACCGGGGCGAGGAGUUUGCUGGCAGAGGCAGCUUCCCAGUGAUAGACUACCUCUCCCGGGGAUUAGGAAUUGUUUUCAGCAAUGGAGAGAGGUGGAAGCACACUCGGCGUUUCUCCCUCAUGGUUUUGCGGAACAUGGGGAUGGGCAAGAAGACCAUUGAAGACAGAAUUCGAGAGGAAGCCUUGUGUCUGGUGGAAGCUUUACGGAAAACCAACGCGUCUCCCUGUGACCCCUCGCUGCUCCUGGGCUGUGCUCCCUGCAACGUGAUCUGCUCCGUCAUCUUCCAGAGCCGCUUCGAGUACAGCGAUGAGAAGUUGCUGACCUUGCUAAACUAUUUUCAUGAGAACUUCAGGAUUAUAAGCACCUCCUGGAUUCAGCUCUACAAUGCUUUCCCCUACUUACUGCAUCAUCUCCCAGGAAAUCAUAAAGAAUUCUUUAAAAACUUUACCGAACAGAAAAAAUUUAUUUUGGAGCAAGUAAAAGAACAUCAGGAGACCCUGGACCCCAAUAACCCUCGAGACUUUAUUGACUACUUCAUGAUUAAAAUGGAAAAGGAAAAGCACAGUGAACAGACUGUGUUUACCAUGGACAACCUGAUCACGACGAUAUGGGAUAUGUUCAGUGCGGGGACGGAAACUACGACCUCCACCCUGAAAUACGGCCUCCUGCUCCUGCUCAAGCACCCCGAGGUCACAGCCAAAGUCCAGGAAGAGAUUGACCGUGUGGUGGGCCGAGAGCGGAGCCCGUGCAUGCAGGACCGAGGCCGCAUGCCCUACACAGAUGCCGUGAUCCACGAGAUCCAGAGAUACAUCGACCUCGUCCCCAACAACCUGCCCCACGUGGUGAACCAGGACAUCAAGUUCAGAGAAUACUUCAUUCCGAAGGGCACAGCCAUUUUCACAUGCCUGACUUCUGUCCUACACGAUGACAAAGAGUUCCCCAACCCGGGCCAGUUUGAUCCCGGCCACUUCCUCGAUGAAAGUGGCAACUUUAAGAAGAGCGACUACUUCAUGCCCUUUUCAGCAGGAAAGAGAGUUUGUGUUGGAGAAGGCCUGGCCCGCAUGGAGUUGUUUUUACUACUGACCCACAUUUUGCAGCAUUUCACCUUGAAACCUCUGGUUGAUCCGAAGGACAUUGACACCAGCCCACUUGUCAGUGGGUUCGGCUCGGUACCACCCUCCUAUGAGCUUUGUUUCGUUCCCGUCUGAGGAAGGGGCAGGUUGCAGAACAAGACUCUCACCUCAUCUGAAGGAGCCAGACGCUCUGUGUGUUGCAUUAGCCGUUAUAACAGGAGGAAUGACGUUCCUGAGCUCUGUCUCUUCUAAUUUCCCCAUCCUUUACAAAAUAAAACGAUAGCCCU